AUGGCUACGUGCCCCUCCCGAAGAGCGUCAAGAGGGCGCGGAUCAUCGAGAAUGCCGAAGUUGGGGGUGUUUCCUGAGUCUGCCGACGUAGACGAGGCGAGCGAAGUCGGCGACGCUAUGGCAUUCGAUAUUCGGACAUCGGACCCUUUACUAACAUUGCUCGCGCAACAGACUGGGACCCUACAGACUGCGAGUAAAUGUGGCGGGAGCAUAGCGGGCGUGGGGGUGCCUCCCGCGGGGCUCGCUCAACCACGCGCGAGGCCGUCCUCCACGGCUCCCACCCAAGUCUCAAAGCGCAACGUAACCGCCCGACCGCGCCGACCAUCGGCUGGCCCUCACUCCCCUCUCCUAGCUGGUAGACUCACCCAUGAAAUGACGACGCUCAAUUACACCAGCCUCAGUAGCCGUGAGCGGCCGCAGCCCGCGCGAACUUCACGUGCAGCCGCCCCCGCGACGCCUGUGAUUGGCUGCGCGUCCUUAUCAGCAUCAAAGUACACCAUGGCUUUGCAUAGCAACUACUGCCUGGCCACUGAGAGCAUCUGCCCGGACGCAAUCGCUCGCCCUCUGACGUGA